AUGACACUGGCUAAAUCAACACUUGAAUUUGAGUGGGUGUCUCAGAAGCAAGCAAGCGAUCUCUAUCUUAUAGUUGUGGUUGUCAAGGAUACCGUUUCCAUGGUUUUGGAAAUCAGCUACCUGCAAGUCGUCUUUUUAUCGGCGGAUCUUCAGAGCAACGUUUUUAUCGGUGCCAUGGCGGAUCUCAUUCCUCAAGUACUUGUAUGGGAUACCUUGGACGUUCUCUUACAAGUGAACAUUCUCAUGUGUGCUAUUUCAUCAAGACCGGAUUUAUUUGUUGCAAUGCAUGAUGUGUCUCUCAUGACGCCUACCCAAGAAGGUCGCUUGAUGGCAGCUACUACUGAUAUGGCGGAUGUUUAUUUGCUAUGGGUAGAACGGGAUGGUGUCUUACUCUUUUGUGUAAAGCAUCGUUGGCAGCUAUGA